UCCCAGGACUGUCCAGAGGAGAAGGUCCCAGAGAAUCCUCAGAUGAGAAAUCAGGGGGAAGAUCUGACUGAUAUUAAAGUGGAGGAUGAAGAAGAGAAGAUGAUGGGCGAUCUCCCGUGUAAGAUUGAGGUGGAGGAGGACAUUCCAGGAGAUGUCAACACAGAAAAUCCCAGUAAGAAUUCUGAGGGAAACUUCAUGUUAUCACUAAAUUAUAAAGCAGAAGAUGAAGAUAUCAUGCAGCACUCUUCAGGAGAAAAACUCAUUAUCCUUAAUGUACAUUCAGGACUUCACAGUGCAGAUCUAUCAUAUAAUUCCCGUAAUCAAGAGGAAUCUUCUCCUGACCAAUCACAUAUUGUUACCAAAAUUAUAGGUCAGAAAGGGGCUAAAAGGUUCCUCUGUGGUAAAGAGUUCAGAAAAAGCUCAGGUCUUUCUACACACAGAAAAAUUCACACAGGAGAGAAGCCAUAUUCAUGUUCAGAAUGUGGGAAAUGUUUUAUAGGUAAAUCAAGUCUUCUUAAACAUGAGCGAAUUCACACUGGAGAGAAGCCAUAUUCAUGUUCUGAAUGUGGGAAAAGUUAUGCAAAUAAAUCACAUCUUAUUACACAUGAGAGAAUUCACACAGGAGAGAAACCAUAUUCAUGUUCAGAAUGUGGGAAAUGUUUUACACAGAAAUCACAUCUUAUUAAACAUGAGAGACGUCACAAAGGAGAGAAGCCAUAUUCUUGUCCAGAGUGUGGGAAAUGUUUUACAGAUGAAUCAAGUCUUGUUAGACAUAAGAGAAUUCACACAGGAGAAAAACCGUAUUCAUGUUCAGAAUGCGGGAAAUGUUUUUCAGAUGAAUCAAGUCUUAUUAGACAUGAUAGAAGUCAUACAGGAGAGAAGCCAUAUUCAUGUUCACAAUGUGAGAAAUUUUUUACACACAAAUCAAGUCUUGUUACACAUGAGAGAAUUCACACAGGAGAGAAGCCAUAUUCAUGUUCACAAUGUGGGAAAUGUUUUAUAGAUGAAUCAAAUCUUUUUAGACAUGAGAAAAGUCACAAAGUAGAGAAACAGUAUUCCUGUUCAGAAUGUGGUAAAUCUUUUACACAGAAAUCACAUCUUAUUAGACAUGAGAGAAUUCACACAGGUGAGAAACCAUAUUCAUGUUCAGAAUGUGGGAAAUGUUUUGCAGAUAAGAAAAAUCUUGUUACACAUGGCAGAAGUCACACAGGAGAGAAACCAUAUUCAUGUUUAGAAUGUGGGAAAUGUUUUAUAGGUGAAUCAAAUCUUGUUAGACAUGAAAGAAGUCACACAGGAGAGAAACCGUAUUCAUGUUCAGAAUGUCAGAAAUCUUUCAUACAGAAAUCACAUCUUAUUAGACAUGAGAGAAUUCAUACAGGAGAGAAACCAUUUUCGUGUUCAGAAUGUGGGAAAUGUUUUGCAGAUAAAACAAAUCUUAAUCAACAUCAGAAAAGUCACACAGGAGAGAAGCCGUAUUUAUGUUCAGAAUGUGACAAAUGUUUUACACAGAAAGCACAUAUUGUUGAACAUGAGAGAAUUCACACAGGGGAGAAACCAUAUUCAUGUCCAGAAUGUGAGAAAUGUUUUGCACAAAAAAAGAGCCUUAUUAUCCAUCAGAGAAUUCACACAGGAGAGAAACCAUAUUCAUGUUCAGAAUGUGGGAAAUGUUUUACGCAGAAUAGUAGCCUUAUUAACCAUCAAAGAAUUCACACAGGAGAAAAACCAUUUUCAUGCUUAGAAUGUGGGAAAUGCUUUACAAAUAAAUCCAAUCUUGUUACACAUGAGAGAAUUCACACAGGAGAGAAGCCAUAUUCAUGUUCAGAAUGUGGGAAAUGUUUUGCAGACAAGUCGAGUUUUAAGAAACAUAAGAUAAUUCACACAGGAGAGAAGCCAUAUUUAUGUUCAGAAUGUGGGAAAUGUUUCGCAUUCAAAUCCCAUCUUGUUGCGCAUAAGAGAUGUCACAGAGGAGAGAAACCAUAUUCAUGUUCAGAAUGUGGGAAAUGUUUUACGCAGAAUAGUAGCCUUAUUAACCAUCAAAGAAUUCACACAGGAGAAAAACCAUUUUCAUGCUUAGAAUGUGGGAAAUGCUUUACAAAUAAAUCAAAUCUUGUUACACAUGAGAGAAUUCACACAGGAGAGAAGCCAUAUUCAUGUUCGGAAUGUGGGAAAUGUUUUACAGAUAGAUCAAAUCUUGUUUUACAUAAGAGUGUUCACACAGGAGUGAAGCCAUAUUCAUGUUCAGAAUGUGGGAAAUGUUUUACACUGAAAUCGUACCUUGUUAAACAUGAGAGAAUUCACACAAGAGAGAAGUCA